UUUUAAUGUCAAAUUUGCUAACCAAGCGUCUACGCUCCAUUUUUUAUAGAAAUUUUAUUAAUUUUGUAAAACGGAUUCAAAAACUUGCAGUGCUCGUAACAAGUUCUAAUAAAUUAAACUAUGAAUUAACCUUGUGCUUAAAAUCAAUCACAAUGGGCGACAAUUUCCAAAACAACAAAACAAUGGCGCCUGUUAUGAUGGAUUAUGACUUCAAAGUGAAGACUCAGAACGAGCGUUCGAAAGUGGAGGAUUUGUUUGAUUUCGAGGGUUGUAAGGUGGGGCGAGGAACUUACGGACAUGUUUACAAAGCAAGGAGAAAAGAUGGGUCCGACACAAAGGACUAUGCUUUGAAGCAAAUCGAAGGGACUGGUUUGUCCAUGUCGGCGUGUAGGGAAAUCCUUCUCCGUGAGUUGAAACAUCCAAAUGUGAUCAACCUCAUCAGGGUAUUUCUUUCGCACACAGAUCGGAAGGUCUGGCUACUUUUUGACUAUGCUGAGCAUGACUUGUGGCACAUUAUAAAGUUUCAUAGAGCCGCUAAAGCAAAUAAGAAGUCGGUGAUGGUCCCAAAGGGAAUGGUCAAGAGCCUGCUCUACCAAAUUUUGGAUGGCAUUCACUACUUACAUUCCAACUGGGUACUGCAUAGAGAUUUGAAACCAGCGAACAUCCUAGUAAUGGGUGAAGGUCCGGAACGAGGCAGGGUGAAGAUAGCUGACAUGGGUUUUGCGAGACUCUUCAAUGCACCACUAAAGCCACUCGCUGACUUGGACCCUGUUGUUGUGACCUUCUGGUACAGGGCUCCUGAGCUGCUGCUAGGAGCCAGACAUUACACCAAAGCUAUCGAUAUUUGGGCCAUUGGGUGUAUAUUUGCUGAACUGCUCACAUCCGAGCCCAUAUUCCACUGUCGUCAAGAAGACAUCAAGACAAGUAAUCCAUACCACCAUGACCAACUGGACAGGAUAUUCAAUGUAAUGGGAUUCCCCCAAGAAAAGGAUUGGGAGGACAUAAAGAAAAUGCCUGAGCAUGCCACUUUAGUUAAGGAUUUUAAACGGUCUAACUACCAAAACUGCUCACUUAGCAAAUACAUGGAUAGGCACAAAAUCAAGCCAGACAGCAAGGCAUUUAGUUUACUCCAAAGGCUGCUUCUUAUGGACCCCAAUAGGCGAAUAACAUCCGAACAGGCCAUGCAGGAUCCCUACUUCACAGAAGAUCCGCCUACAACACCUGAUGUAUUCGCGGGAUGUCCCAUACCUUAUCCUAAGCGAGAGUUUUUGACUGACGACGACCAAGAGGAUAAAAGCGACUCGAAGGCGAGACAGAAUCAGCAGCAGCAACAACCCAAUACUCAACAAAAUCAAGUACAAGCAAACAGCCAUGACCACGGUGCCAACAACGCCAAAAGAAUGAGGAUGGCAGGUCCGAACCAAGGCAACAACACGACAGGCGGCGGCCAGCAAGAGUUCCACCAGCAACAGCAGAUGAUGUUCGGAGGGCAACAGCAGGGCAGCCAGUCGCAGCAGCAGCCCAACUUCCAGCAGAGGUUUUAGACGGCAGCGAACGGGUAUUAUAUGUGCUUGUAGAACGUAUUUCAACGACAAACCAUUAGGCCUGGUUUCCACCGUACAUAAGUGACUGCAGAGUAAAUACAAAUGAGUAGGUUAUCUUCGUAGAAACGCACC